AUGACUCGACAACUUCGGCCGCGUACGAGCAGGCCGAGCUAUGCCUUCAUGGCAGGUUUUGACGACAUAGAAGACGAGGCUGGCUCGUCGACUCUUGCUGCCGAGGAAGAGGGUUCUAGUGGAAGUGAUUUUGCCCUCGACGAACCACAAGCUGCCAAUCCAGAAGACUUGGAAGACGACGACGAAGAUGCAGAAGGUGAUGUAGUCGAUGAAGACGUACUCGAAGUUGAGACGACUGUCGUGUCUCCCACCGGUGCCUCGACCCCCAACUACCAGCUUGCGGACAACUUCGCGCCGUCUGACAUUGAAGUAGUGCCACCGCCGAAAGUCAAAGGGAAAGGAAAGGCCAAAGCUGGCUCAACUAUAAAAUCUGUCGGCGGUCCUGGUACGAACCUCGUCCGUUCAUCCAAGCGGCAGAUGUAUGUUCUUCCGGCUCCAAGCGUCCAUCACCGACACCGAGCGGUGCCUCUGUUUUCUCGUUCCGGACGCGUGGAAAGGUUUACUGUGCGACCGCCUCUCUUUGGAUCUGCGCCUGUCGUCUUGACGAAUAGCUUCACCCAAAGCCCGAAGGUUACGGAUAGGGUGAACAAGUCCUGGGGUUACAACGUCGGCUCCGGACCUCUCUGGGAAAUGGUGGAGGACCGUGGGUGGUACAAGGAGGCUGUGACGACCGGGAACGACGUUGAUAGCGAGGCGAAGAGGCGGCCGCGGGUAUGGGCAGACCUGUGCGUGAAGAAUGGGUGGAGAGUUUUGAGCGAGAGUGAUGCAGCUCCUUAUGUACCAACCGAUGAUACUACCACUGAUGAAGGCAAUCUUAAAUCGCCUCCACCAGUACAUUGCUACUUUGGCCACAUUACGUCUCAAACGCUUGUCGAGAUGAACAUGCUAGAAUCCCAUCCCAUGUGUUGGUCACCCGCUUCUUCCUUGUUCCGGAGUGAUCGUUUAUUUGUUUCCCUCGCAGCAAAAUUCCUACCAGAGAGCAAAGCGCACAUUUUCAACGCGGGUGCCCCGGUCUGGGGUCUUGAUUGGUGCCCAAUCCACGUCGAAGAUCGUGCUGCACGCUCGUAUAAGCAAUACCUUGCAGUUGCGCCUUUCCCGUCACGUUCACAUUUGCCAGACAUCGGAACAAAGGUACCAAGACCUGCCUACGCAUGCAUUCAGAUCUGGUCUCUGGCCCCUACCAGACCUAUACCAGCUAACCGCGCUGCGGCGAUGAAAAACAAUGAUCCCGGCAUUAUGAAAUGCGAAAUGAUCAUCUGCGUAGACGCUGGUCCAGCUCAUGAGAUCAAAUGGUGCCCCCUUGCGUCUCAUGACUCUAUUUCGGAGUCAAAACGACCACGAAAGUUGGGCAUUCUUGCUGGUACCUUUGAGGAUGGUUCCCUCUCUAUCUACAGCGUGCCCCAACCUGAGGACGUAAGGAGCCCUGAUCACGACCCGUCGAAGCCUGUUUGCAUCAGCCUGCCUGAGCCUAUCAUUCGGAUCGAACUUGAAGAAACAUCAUGCUGGACCUUUGACUGGGCCAACAGCGAACUAGUGGCUAUUGGCACCACUAAUGGCAUCAUUGCGGUCUAUGACCUUGGACCCUCCCUCAAAUCUUGGACAUCCCCAGAUUCUGAAACAAUCACCGAUAUACUUCCUACACACUACCUCACUGUUCACCAAUCUGCGAUCCAUGCCUUGGCUUGGAUACAGGCUCCGCCAUGCUGGCCAUCUGGUGCCCCGCGCGUUGAUGGAGACCCCACGGUUAUAGCUAGCGGUGGGUAUGAUGGUAUGGAGUGCAUGACGGACAUCCGUGAAGGGCACGGGUCCGUCAUGAACAGGACUAGGGGCAAGCACAUUUCUGGAACUUUCUUCAGGCGAUGCUGA